AGACAGACCUGGCUGCAAAAAUACGAGCAGGCUCUUGUCCAUGCUGCUAGCUGCAGAGAUGGAAACUGCAGAAUAAAGAGUUGCAUACUCAUGAAACAGUUCAUCCAGCACCUUCAAGAUAUAAUCAAACUAAAGAACAAACCGACUCACAAGAACAACAACCACAGCAAGAAUUGCGGUACUUGUUCUCAGAUGGCUAGACUCUGUCUCUAUCACGCCAAGAUGUGCAAGGAGAGGAACAAAUGCCCUGUGCCUUCGUGUAACAAUGUCAGAAAGAAG